AGAGGAAAAGGAUAGAGGGAGAGAAUGGAGAGAGAGAAAGAGAGAGGAAGAAUGAGUGUGAAGGGAGAGGUGGAAAAGGAAACUGAAGUCGCGACGGAUGAGGAAAUGGGGAAUACCACGUACGUGGCAGAGAUCCUUGGCUAGAAUCUACUAUCUGCUCUGAAUAAGAAACUGGCACUUAGUCCCUUCAAGAGCUGAAAUCCAUUACCAUCUUCUCUUCUAAGCAUUAGUAUCAUAUGUCCAGUAAAUCUAAUCUCAGCAAAAUUAUAUAUCACCGUGAGCUCAGAGUUAUAUGACAGCACAACUGUUCGUUGCAGUUCAAACUACAGCCCUUGUGAAAGGUGGAUCAAAAAUAACUUUUGCAUCUUUUAAAGAGAACGUUACAAAAAUGAAAUUGGGAAUCACGAAGUUUGUCUUCACAAUUGUCAUCUUAUUUUCACAAUUGUCAACUUGCUGCUGGUCCACACUAAUAAUCAACAAUGUUCACAUUACCGAAAAAUUCCCAAAUCACGUGGAAGAAACGCUUCGAUAUCUGUGUGAAGAUGAUUUUACGAUUUCAUUAAAUUUUUCCAAUGUAGAAAUCUCUAAAAUCAACCAGGAUUUCAUCAACAAUCCUUUAAUUACCUGCCUCAAACUUACGGGCAAUAUUAGGAACAUUGAGAGAGGCGCCUUCAACAAACUUCCAAAUUUAACUCGGCUGUUUCUUUUUAACAAUGGAUUCGAGAGUUUAAGUAAAUUCUUCAACAUUGGAAGUUACAAUAACUUACAGGUUCUCGUUAUGAACAGUGCAGGCAUUCCUUUGCAUAGCUGGGAUCGUGAAAAUAUUAACAUUUAUGAUGAAUAUCCUAAUUUAGAAAUUCUAUCUCUCCGUAAAAAUAAUUUUUACGGACAUCUAGAGUUUUCUCCACAGAAUACACCAUUGGAGCUACGAACAACACCUUCUUAUGAGAUAACUCCAAUGGUGAAUAGAAUCCCAUUUCCUAAGUUAAAGAUCUUGGAUCUUUCCGAAAACGAUAUACAAGUGACUAAUUUUUUAAAUUUGCUACCGAAUAGCUUACAUUUCCUUGACCUUCACAAUAAUUCACUUAGUUACUUGAAAUUUGAAAAUAAAAUAACGAAAUUGUUUGCAUUAAAUUUGAAUAACAAUCGUUUCAAUUGCAUUAAAGAUUCUCAUAAUACGAACAGUAAUUAUCACAAUCCGUACGGAAAUUAUGAUAAUCAGGACGGUUCAAGUCUAUCGGUAGCUGGUCUAAAAAAUUUACACUACCUUUCUAUUUCUACAUGUAAAAUUAGCGUUAUCGAACCAGAUGCUUUCGAAGACAACAACAAAUUGCUUUACUUGAACUUAUCCUCAAAUUAUAUAAAACAUAUACAUUCCGUAACAUUUGCAAAUUUGCAACAAUUGAAAACUCUCGAUCUGAGUAACAACCAACUCGAAGAAGUUCCGCAAUUCUUAAAUACGACAGAAAUCAACAAUUUGUAUAUCAAUUAUAAUAAUAUAACGAAUCUAUCCUCCUAUUCUUUCAUGCAAAUGACGAAAUUAACGAAAUUAUUAUUAGGAUGGAAUCGGAUUGAUCAAAUCAAUGUUAAUGCAUUUGCUCAUCUUUCUAGCCUCGAAGAAUUAGAAUUAUCAAAUAAUAUGUUGAGUUUUCUGCCAGAAAAAUGGGCGGAAUACCUUGUGGCUUUGAAAUAUUUAGACUUGAGUGGUAAUCAAUUCACUUCGCUAAAAUCUUUAUCAUUAACGAAUACGAUACCAUUGAUAAAAAUAUAUUUAGUGAUGAACCCAUUAGAAUUCAAUAUCAGAAAUUUAGAGAAUUUACCGCAGAAUCUCACUAUCAACUUUGUAAAUUAAUCAUGUUUUGCAAAAUGAAUACAAUAUAAGAAUACCGAAUAAAGAAAAAUAUGAAUUUUAGAUAACAUAUACUAUUAUAUUAAAAUUUUAUCACUAAUCAUAAUAAUAUUUUCCUUGUUUAUUGGAAAUAAUGGAAUUUUAAACAUAGGUAAGAUUUUUGUAUGUAACAUAACAUUAUAGCUUGUAAUCCUAUAUUAUAUCUGUAUAAAAUUGUUUUGUUGCACAUUACUAAUAAAUGAAUUAUUUCAAUUUAA